AGAUUAGAUAAAUCAAUCAAUCAUAUUGUUAAUUAAAAUAUAAGAAAAAUAGUCAAUUACUUAAAAAUAGAUGGCGAAAUAAAAAAUAUAUCAACCAAAAGCUCUUUGUUGAUUAAUCAAAAAGAUUAUAUUGAAAACAUUUUAGCAGAUCAAUCAUCUCAAGUACUACUUAUUUCGAAUUUAGAAGAUAGGUGCAUAUAUGCGAUUAAGGGAAAUUAAGCUUAAAUAAAUGAUGAUUGUGCUUUUGCAAUAAAUAUGGACUAAUAUCAACUUUAAAAAUCAUUUUUGGAGUUAUUGUUUUUACCCUUUUACAGAAAAGUAAAGAAAAAAUAAAUAACACUUACUUUAGCUAAAGAUUUAGCAAAAAUUUAGAAUGCGAAUUGA